AGUGGGAGAGGAGCACUGCUAUGUAUGGUAUCCACCCCCCUGGUACCUCUAAGGCCCGGCAGUACUCCUCUUUUGCCUUUGUGUCUGCAGAGAGAAGGCGUGUAGUAGUGAUCACAGAGGGAGAAACAGUUGCUAGGUCUUGAGGAUGCUUGUAGAAGUUGGAUUUCUCCGGACCGCUUGAGAUGCUUGAGAACUGCCACUGACGGACCAACUUUUACCUUCAACAUUUUCUGCAGCAUUUCCUAAAUUUCCCCUAACUUCUACGGGGCUAAGGUGACCUUUUUGAUUGUGCAGUUUUAUACUGUCAAACUAAAACCAAACUCUGACUUUUGGGGGUGUGUGGUAGCUCCGGACCAUGCUCUCCCUGUGCCUGUUCCUGCUCCCUUGCCUGAGCCUUGUGCCUCUGGCCCCGGCUGCGAAGGGCCUGGAGUUCCCACAGUAUGACGGGAAAGACCGUGUCCUAGACAUCAAUGACAGGAACUACAAGAAAGCCUUGAAGAAACACAGCAUGGUGUGCAUGUUCUACCAUGGGCCCAUACCAGACAGCAAGGAGCUGCAAAAACGACAUCAGAUGACUGAGUUGGUGUUGGAGCUUGCAGCUCAGGUUAUGGAGGUGAAGGACAUUGGGUUUGGAAUGGUCGACUCCCACAAAGAUGCAAAGGUGGCAAAGAAACUGGGCCUGGAGGAGGAGGGCAGUGUGUAUGUUUUCAAGGCCGAUCGGGUGAUCGAGUUUGAUGGCUUGCUCUCGGCUAACGUUCUGGUGGAGUUCUUGUUGGACCUGUUGGAGGAGCCAGUGGAGGUGAUAGGAAAUGCUCUGGAGCUGAGAGCCUUUGAUAGGAUGGAGGAAGACAUCCGCCUCAUUGGUUACUUCAAGAGCGAGGACUCUGAGCACUACGAAGCAUUUAAAGAAGCUGCAGAGCAGUUCCAGCCCUAUAUUAAGUUCUUUGCCACAUUUGAUAAAUCUGUGGCCAAGGAGCUGACUCUGAAGUUGAAUGAGGUAGAUUUCUAUGAGCCCUUCAUGGAGGAGCCAGUCACCAUCCCAGGCAAGCCUCACUCUGAGGAGGAUCUUGUGGAAUUCAUAACUGAACACAGACGACCAACUCUGAGAAAGCUGCGUGCAGAAGAUAUGUUUGAGACCUGGGAGGAUGACAUUGAGGGGAUCCACAUUGUGGCUUUUGCAGAGGAGGAGGACCCCGAUGGUUUUGAGUUCUUGGAGAUUCUGAAGGAAGUUGCAAGAGACAACACCCAACUUCCUGAGCUCAGCAUCAUCUGGAUUGACCCUGAUGACUUUCCCCUGCUGAUCCCCUAUUGGGAGAAGACCUUCAAGGUGGACCUGUUCAGGCCACAGAUUGGAGUUAUCAACAUUACAGAUGCCGACAGCCUGUGGAUGGAGAUGGACGACGAGGAGGAUCUCCCCAGCGCCCAGGAGCUGGAGGACUGGAUCGAGGAUGUACUCUCUGGCAAAGUCAACACUGAGGAUGAUGAUGACGAUGAUGACGACGAUGAUGGCGAUGAUGAUGACGAUGAUGAUGAAGAUGACGGUGGUGAUGAUGAAGAUAAUGAUGACAAUGAUGAGGAGGAUAAUGGUGAGAAUGAGGACGAUGAUGACGAUGAUGAUGAUGAUGAUGAUGAUGAUGAUGAUGAUGAUGAUGAUGAUGAUGAUGAUGACGACGACGACGAUGAUGAGUAAUCCAUAGUGCAAUCCUAGUAAAUGUGGACUCUUCUGGGUUUUUUGCUUCUGGCCGAGUUUACCAUGGAUUUCAGACAGUAAAAUAACCUUUCACCAAAUAAUGUCCAAUUUGUACUGAAUAUGUCCCCACUAAUAAUAAUAAUAAAUAUAUUUAAUAUC